AUGGGUGGAGUUGUCGUUAAUAGAAACGUUCUAUACACGGAUGUACACUCGUUGUAUCCGUUUACUGCUUUUGCGUUAGGAGUCGAGCAACCCUGGUUAAAUAGUUCUGUGGGGUUUAGAGGGGACAAUGGUACACAUACAAAUACAAUAGAGGGGUUUUGGGUGCACAUGAAAGGCUCAAUGAGAAAAGAGCAUGGGACAAACCACAACCAUAUUGAUGAUUGGCCAAUACAAAAUACUUUUAAAAGACGUUACGUAAUAAAUAAGAGCAAUUAA